GUGCGCCCGGUGCCGAUUCCGCUCCGCGCUGUGAGGGGCUCCGCGCCGCCGCGGCAUGGGCCCGGCGCGGGGUGGCGGGCGGCUCCUGCCGCUGCUCCUGGCCCUGCCGCCGCUCCUCUGCGCGGCGGCGCCGGGGCGCGGCAGCGCUCCCCGCCUGCUCCGCUUUUCCGGGCAGGUGUCGGAGAACAGCCCGGCGGGGACGCGGGUACGGGGCCUGCGGGUGCCGCUGCGGAAGCUGCCGGGCCCCUGGGAGCCGGCGGGGCAGUGGGCGCUGGAGGGCGACGGCGCCUCCCGCUUCUCGCUGCAGCGGCAGGCGGGCGGCGGGCGCGGGGUGCUGCUGCUGCGCACGGCCGCGCGCCUGGACCGGGAGGUGCAGCCCGAGUACAGGCUCUGGCUGCGGCGGCGGGCGGCGCGGUCCCCGCGGGCGGCGCUGCUGCGGGUGCGCGUCCUGGACCGCAACGACCACCGGCCGCGGCUGCGCCCGGCCCGGCCGCUGGAGGUGGACGAGCUGGCGCCGCUGGGCACGGAGGUGGCGCGGCUCCGCGCCUCGGACGACGACGAGGGGCUCAACGCGCGGCUCACCUACCGCGCCGGGCAGGUGCUGACCGUGGGCUCCCUGCUGGGGCUACGCCGCCUCAGCCUCUGGGUCUCGGCCCAAGACCACGGCUGGCCGCGGCCGCUGCGCAGCCCCGCGCGGCGGCUGCGGCUGGCGGUGCGCGGGCAGCGGGCGGCGGCGCGGCGGGCGCGCUCGCUGCCGCGGCCGCGGGGCAGCGGCGCCAGGGCGUACACGGCGCGUGUGCCCCCGGGGGCGCGCGUCGGCGACACCGUCUUCGCGCUGCCGCUGGGCCGCGAGCGGGAGGCGGGCGGCUGGUUCGAGCUGGCCUCGCCCGGGGCGCCCCCCGCCGUGGGCGUCGACAGGGCGUCGGGCCGCCUCUACCUGCGGCGGGAGCUGCGAGCCGGCGGCCGCGCGGAGGUGCUGGUCAAGGUGCACCGCGGCGGCGGACCAGAUAAUGACUGGUAUCUCUGCCAUGUGACACUCCUUGCCCCAGAAGAGGAACUUCUAUCCUGGGGCAUGUAUCCAUACCCAUAUCUGGCACGUGCUGAUCCAGACACCCGAAAAGGCACUCUGGUCUACCAGCUUGUUGCAUAUUACAAUAACAACGAAACCACCAGUGCUGGGAUAACUUACACACUUAUUGCAGGUGGUGAAGAGCGAUUUCAAGUGGAUGUGGAUACAGGUAUCAUCAUGACAACUGGCUUGCCUUUGACAUGGAACAAGGAAUAUGUGCUUACUGUGCAAGCCAUGGAUGAAUAUAGCAACAAAAGCCCCUAUGCCUCCAUUUCCAUCCUGGCAGGUGCCCGACCUCCCCAGUUCACCAAUAUGUCUUACAAUGUGUUCGUCCCUGAGAAUACUCCAGUGGGAGAAAAAGUAGCCGUUGUUGAGGCUGUUUCUUUCCAGAGCCAGCCUCUUUCGUACGUUCUGCUGAUGAACCCCAGCGGGCUGUUCAGGGUGAGGCAGGAGACCGGAGAGCUCAGCUUGACCCAUGCUGUGGACUAUGAGAGCGAGCACCACCUCUAUCACCUCUUACUGAAAGCAAUGGAAGCUGAGAGCACUCUUAGUAGUGUGACUGAGGUCCUGGUCCAUAUCACUGACGAAAACGACUGUUCUCCUGAAUUCCAGCACUCCAUUUACAGCAGAGACAACAUUCCUGAAACGAUUCCUGUGGGCACUUCUCUCCUGCAAGUUCUUGCAACAGACUGUGACUCUGGCUCCAACGCUGAGAUCACUUACUUCAUUCAGAGCGCUGAUUUUUCCAUCACGCGUCAUGGGGUCAUCAGUUCUAACCAGAGGCUGAACUUUGAGCGAGCAAACCAUAUGUAUGAGUUUGUGGUGAUAGCUGUCGAUAAAGGACAUCCUCCUCGGACAGGAACAGCAUCUGUGCGAAUUCGAAUGGCCAACGUGAAUGACGAGGCUCCUGUGUUCUCCCAGUCCGUUUACAGAACUUUCCUUUCGGAAGAUGCUGGUCCCAGUACCUUAGUGGCUACUGUUCGGGCAAAGGACCCUGAUGGAGAUGGAGUGUUAUACCUAAUUAUGGGAGGUAAUGAGGAGGGCAACUUUGAACUGGACAGUGAAAAAGGUAUCAUUAAACUCCGCAGAAACCCACUGCCUAAUCUGAAAGGCCCACAAUACAUACUGAACGUUACUGCAAUAGAUGACAAUGUCUCUGGAGGACCCACUCCUCUCAGCAGUUUUGCUGAGGUUAUUGUAGGAGUUAAUGAUAUUAAUAACAAUAAGCCUGUCUUCAGAGAGUGCACUUACUACAGUGACAGCACCUGGGUUCUGGAGAAUCAGCCUCCAGGCACACGCGUGCUACAGGUAGAAGCCUAUGAUGCAGAUCUCGGCCAGAAUGGAGAAGUGAAGUACGGGCUCAUGCACCGAGAUGGAGCUUCCCUAGGCUUCAGCAUUGAUCCAGACACAGGAGUCAUCACAACCACGCAGAGUUUUGACCGAGAGAAGCAGAGAGAAUGUACGCUCUCUGUGACUGCAACAGACCAAGCACAGGAACCGCUGAUCGGUGUGUGUCGGAUCACCAUCUUUAUUGCUGAUGUCAAUGACAACGAUCCCAAGUUUGAAAACAGUCACUACCAACAUUUCCUCCGUGAGGACACUCCAGUGGGGACAAGUUUUCUUCGUGUUGCUGCUCAUGAUGAUGACCAAGGUGUGAAUGCUGCCAUCACAUAUUCGAUGUUAGAGCACCAACUGGAAUACUUCCAGAUCAACCCCAGCACGGGUUGGGUGUAUGUAAACCGUCAGAUCUCCCAGGCAACACGCAUUAUUCGCUAUAUUGUAGCAACAGAUGGAGGCAACAGAAGUAGCACUGUGGAGCUGACCAUAACUAUCACUAAUGCACUCAGUCAGCCGCCCUGCUGGGAGCAGAACAGAUACUGGGUAACGAUCCCUGAAAACACCAUUCGUGACACCAAGAUAGUGACUAUCAAAGCCACAUCCCCUCUUGGCGAUCCCAGGGUCACAUAUAAUCUGGAGGAAGGUCAAGUUCCGGAGACUAACAUGCCAGUUCGUUUCUAUCUGAAGCCAAACAGAGCAGAUGGAUCUGCUUCUCUUCUAGUCUCUGAACCACUUGACUUUGAGACAACUAAGUCCUUCACUCUGAGAGUCCGGGCACAAAAUGUAGCAAUGACUCCUUUAGCUUCCUUUACUACUGUCUGUGUCAAUAUAACAGACGUCAAUGAUAACGUUCCAUUUUUCGUGUCUUCUAACUAUGAGGUGUCUGUGCCGGAAGGAGCUGCUGUUGGCACGCCUGUGGUUCAGGUUUUAGCUACAGACUUGGAUUCUGGCCUACAUGGAGAGGUUCACUACUUAAUAUUGAAAGAUGCAAGUGAGGAUUACCAGUUCUUCACCAUGGAACCUGAAACAGGAAUUAUUUCUACCCAUGCAUCUUUUGACAGAGAGAAAAGAGCCUCUUACUUGAUUGAAGUUCAGUCUCAGGACUCUUCAGAAUCUGCUAGACCUGGUGUUCAUGGGCAACCCAACACAGACACUGCCUACGUAAGGAUUUUUGUCAGUGAUGUGAAUGACAAUGCUCCAGCAUUCCCUCAGUCAGUGUACGAGAUCAGCAUAGAUGAAGAUAGGGAUGUUGGAAGUCCUGUUAUGACAGCAACAGCAAAUGAUGAAGAUGAGGGUGCAAAUGCCAAACUAAGGUAUCAGAUCACAUCAGGAAAUGUGAAAGGAGUUUUCGAUGUGGAACCUGAGGUUGGCACUGUCUUCAUUGCUCAGUGUCUGGAUUAUGAACAAGAGCAACGUUAUGAGCUCCGACUUGUAGCUUCUGAUGGAAAAUGGGAGAACCACACUCUCAUCAUCAUCAAUGUCGUGAAUAAGAAUGACGAAGCACCAGUCUUCACUCAGAAUGAAUAUCAGGGCAGUGUCUUGGAGGAGCUCACGGAUCUGCCUGUACCUGUUGUAAAGGUUUCUGCAACAGACCCUGACCAAGAGGCUGAUCAAAACGCCAUUAACUACUCCCUGCAUGGACAGGGAGCCAAUAGCGAGUUCAGCAUCCAUGAGAACACAGGCGAGAUCACUGCAAAUAAAAGGCUAGACCGUGAAAAGCGAUCAACGUGGCGCUUUCUUGUUCUUGCAACCGAUGAGGGUGGAGAGGGACUGACUGGCUUUGCAGAUGUGGUCAUAGAAGUGAGGGAUGUGAAUGACAACCCUCCCCUUUUCCUCUGUGUGUCAGAUGGUUGUUUCAUGGGCCAUGUCCCUGAGGAUUCUCCAGCAGACACCUCUGUCAUGGACAUGACAGCAGUGGACCUCGAUGACCCAAGGACCGGUACAAAUGCUGUCCUAACAUACAGAAUCAUUCAAAAUGUCCAAAAUGAAAUUAAUCUGAAUUUGUUCUCAAUUAACUCAGUUAGUGGCACCAUCUAUACCAUGCUUGGAUCCCUGGACAGGGAGAAGGAAGACAAACACCUAGUAGUGGUUGAGGCUAGAGAUGGGGGAGGUCUCACUGGAACAGGCACAGCCACUAUUUUGGUGUCUGAUGUAAAUGACCAUGCUCCAGUCUUCCUGCAAAGAAUGUACACGGCAUUUGUCUCUGAGAAUGCAAGUAUUAACACUGAGGUUGCAGUAGUAUCUGCUGUGGAUAAAGAUGAGGGAGAAAAUGCCAUGGUGACAUUCAGCAUCCUUGAUGGGGACAAUGACCGCAAAUUCACAAUAGAGACAGAUAAAGUCAACAACUGUGGACUUAUCCGGCUGCGAAAGCGGGUUGACUUUGAGAAGCCUCAUGAGAGGGUGUUCAAUUUGACCGUGAAAGCAGAGGACAUGGAUUUCUUUAGCAUCACUCACUGUGUGGUCUAUGUGGAGGACUCCAAUGACCAUGCUCCUGUUUUCUAUCCGCAGUUCUAUGAAGUGGCUGCACUGGGGGAAGAUGUCCCAGUUGGCACGAAAGUUGUUCAGGUUUCUGCUGUUGACUUGGAUUCUGGCCUGAAUGGAAGGUUUUCUUUCCAUCUGCUCAGUAAGUCUGACCCAGGCGGCCAGUUCUCUGUGGCUAGUGAUGGCUGGGUGGUAGUUGCAGGACUGCUGGAUCAUGAGACAGUGACACAGUACAACCUUGUUGUUAUUGCCACUGAUAUGGGGCAGCCCGCUCUGACUGGCAGUGCCACUGUUUUAGUGACUCUGCAGGACAUAAAUGACAAUGGGCCAGAAUUUGAGGCUCAUUAUAACCCAGUGGUCUGGGAAAACACAGCUUCUCCACAGGUCGUCCAAAUGAACGAGACCUCUACUUUGCUGUAUGCUAAGGACCGAGACAGUGCUGCUAAUGGAGCACCUUUCUCCUUUCACUUGCUCAGUGAUUUCGACAGCGUGACUAACUUCAGCUUGCAGGAUUUCAAUAAUGGAAGUGCCCUGCUUACCGCACUGCAUACCUUUGACAGGGAAGUGCACAAGGUGUUCUACCUGCCAAUCCUGAUCACAGACAGCGGGAUGCCACCCAUGAGCUCAACCAGCACAUUAACUGUGAAUAUUGGGGACCAAAAUGACCACCCACAUUCUCCUGGCUACAUGGAAUGUCUUAUUUACAGCUAUGAUGGUAUGCUGCCCACGACUGUACUGGGCCAGGUUCGUGCCCCUGAUGAUGAUGAUUGGGAUCACAAAAUCUACCAAUUUGAAGGAAAAACAUCAAGGUACUUUAUCCUUAAUGAUAACUCAGGAUUGCUGACUAUUAAGGAAGGAACCCCACCAGGAACAUACAAUAUAAGAGUUAGAGUCAUUGAUGGUGUCUGGCCAGAUGUGGUCUCAACAGUAAAGGUUACAGUGAAGGAAAUCAAAGACGAUGCCCUUUAUAAUGCUGGAUCAAUACGAAUAAAAGAUAUCACUCCAGAGGAGUUCAUAUUCCAGUUCCCUGAAAAAGAGAGUAAAUACUACCAGAUGAAGAAGCUGCUUUCAGAAAUCAUAUCAGCCCAACUGGAAAAUGUUCACAUUUUCAGUGUAUUAAAAAGCCCAAGUCAAACUCGAGGGGUUGAUGUUUGGUUUGCAGUUUAUGGUCCACCCUAUUACAAGGCAGAAAAACUUAACGGCAACGUAGCAGUAUCCAGAGCACAGCUGGAAAACAUCUUGGGUAUAAAUAUCACCCAAAUUGGCAUUGAUGAAUGUGUGACUGCAAACUGCACUCACAGCACCGGAUGCAUCAGCAAGUAUGAGCAGAGUCAUGUGCCCACAAUAACCACAUCUGGAAGCAUCUCUCUGGUGUCAGUGACAGUCCUGAGUAGUGCCCUGUGCAGCUGCGCAGCUCGGGAGAGCCCUCGUCUCUCCUGCUCUUCGUACCAGACAAACCCUUGUCUCAAUGGCGGCACAUGUGUGGAUACUGAUUUGGGCUACAGAUGCAGAUGUCCUGCAAAUUUCCAUGGACCAGACUGCCAGCAGACAAAACACAGCUUCAAAGGGCAUGGUUAUGCCUGGUUCCCUCCUCUUAAGCCUUGCUUUGAGAGCCGUAUCUCCUUAGAGUUUAUCACUGAAGUGGCUGAUGGCCUUCUGUUGUACCAGGGACCAGUAGCACGAGGACAGCCUGGAGAAAUGGAAGAUUUCAUUGCAUUAGAGCUCUUGGAUGGUGUCCCAUCACUGACUGUGAGACACAGCUCUGGUGACCUUUUCCUGCAGCUGUCACAAAAAGUUAACGUUGCAGAUCGUCGCUGGCAUAAUAUAAAAAUUAUGCAUGAUGGAAAGAAAGUGAAGCUGAUUCUUGACCACUGCAUAAAUGUCUCAGUUAGAGACAGUAGCAGUAUCACUAAGAUGAUCUCCCAAAUGGAUCUGGCUGCCUGUGAAGCCUUUGAAGAUACUAUGGGAACUCGGAGUAUGGGUGAGCUCUUCAGUGGUCACCAGCCCUUGCAGCUGGGUGGAGUUAAGAACACUUUGCCUUAUCACAAUUCACUGAAGCACUUCAGAGGUUUUGUUGGCUGCAUACGCAAUGUCAUUGUUGAUAGUAAGGUCUAUGAUUUAGAGCACCCUGCAGAGUCCUUAAACAGCACUCCCGGCUGUGUCCUGAUGGAUGAAAUGUGUAAGAGCGCUGGGGUGGCCUCCUGUGGUGUCCAUGGCAAGUGUGUUGGUGGUUGGGAUUUCUUUCACUGUGACUGUUCCCCAGGAUAUGCUGGACCAGCAUGUGACAAAGCACUUCCGGAAUGGGCUUUUGGACGGGACAGCUGGAUCCAUUAUGAGCCGAGAAGCAUUCUCAGUGCCCACAGCACUCACAUCCAGCUGAUGGUGCGCACCCGAAUCUCCCACAGCACUCUCCUCAGCUUGGCCUCUGCGGGUGGGAAUGGAUACAUCCGACUGGAGGUUGUUGGGGGUUCCUUCAGUGUAAACUUCAGCUUGGGGGACAAAAAUUACUCUCUGAGGAUGAGCACCUUACGUAUAAACAAUGGCCAGUGGGUUCUGCUGACCAUGGAGCGCUACAACAACGAAUUUACCCUGCGUGUUAAUGAUGGUGGAGGUGAUCAAGAAGUGACCUCUGUCUUGGGUACAAACAGAUGGUUUGAAAUGGAUUGGGCAAGCAUCGUGCUAGGAAACCGCCUUCCCAACCAUUCAGAGAGCGAUUUCCAAGGUUGUAUGCGUGAUGUCCAGCUGAAUGGUCAGCCACUUCUCGUGGAAGGCAAAAGCACAGAGUUUGGCUUAAUUCUGAGGCGACAAGGUGUCACGAUGGGAUGCCAUUCCACUGCUUGCAGCAGCCAGCCCUGUUACAGCCCUUUCUUUUGUGUAGACCUGUGGAGAAAAUAUGAAUGCCGGUGUCCAGCUGGGAAAGUAGAAGUGACUGAUAACCUUACAGGGCUCAGACACUGUACCUCAUCACCUUGUGGACACUGGACCUGUAGGAAUGGUGGUACCUGUAUGGCCCAAUCCCAAGACAAGAUUAUCUGCCAGUGCCCCGAUGGUUACAAGGGAAGAUGGUGUGAAAUUAGCCAGGUGAAGGCAGGAAGACCAGUUGGACUCAGCUCUGGCUCUGUUCUGGCAAUCAGCAUGUGCCUCCUUGUCUUCCUAGCGCUCUUGGUCUCCUACACAGUGUGGAGUCAGUGGGGAAGUUCAGGGUUUCGGAAAGGAGGAAUUUACCACAUUCCUGAAGAGCAUGAAAGCUGGGAGGAUGUUAGAGAAAAUGUCUUCAAUUAUAAUGAGGAAGGAGGAGGAGAACGUGACCAGAAUGCGUAUGAUAUAGAUGAACUGAAGAAACCUCUCCAGAACAUUCCCCACUUCUCCUUGAGGGCACCUGCUCUGUACUCCAGGACACCCAACAGCCCAAAGAGAGACUUACUCCCAAAACAUGCACAUCAAAAACAGUCAAGAGCAGCUGUUACCAGUGUUCCAGAUUUCAAGGAAUAUGUGUCUCAAAUUGUCUGGGAUGCAGACAAUGAUCUACGGAGUCUUCCAGCUGACACUAUUCAUUAUUACUGCUUAGAAGGACAAUGCUCUCUAGCGGGGAGCCUUAGCUCCAUAGACUCCAUUAGUGGUGGUGAAGAUCUAAAUUAUGAUUGCCUCCAAGAGUGGGGGCCAAAGUUUGACAAGCUUAAAGAACUCUAUGAGCUCUCAAAUGAACAUUCGUGACUGGAGCUAAAGGAACUCAAAACAUUGCCAUGACAUAUGGACACUUCUUUUAAAUUAAAAAAUGGGGCUUUUUAUAUUUAAGCUAAAUUAAGUUAUUUGAUGCAAACUUUUAGUAACAAUAGGGUGAAAUAUUCACUUUUCCCAGAAGUGACAAUCUGAACAGUCUUUUUAUAUGCACUGUAUAAAUAGUUAUUCAAAGAUAGAAGUGCAAAGGCUUUUAACAUAGGAGUUUUCUUGAAAACUUUGAAAUGUAGGAUUUACAUCAAAUAGUAUCAAAUCAAGUGUAGGAUUUGUAUCAAAUAGUAUAAUAAUAUCCCUUUUUAUUUGUGUAGACCACAGUGAAUUACUAGGACUGUCCUGGAUGCAAGAACUUGAAUUUUUUCUCCCUAGUAUAAAUGUGAUUCCUAUCGUGUAGAUAGCAAUGGGUGGGGCAUUUUUUAAAUUGCGUUCAUUUUAGACUGUGAACUCACAAUUACAAAUAUUAAAUAUAAAACAUUUUAAAUAUCUGUUUCUUUUCUCAACUUUUGUCUUCUAACUCUAACUUCUCCCAACAUCACACACACUUGCUCACUCUUCCAGGCUGCCCUGUGAGACUUUUUCUCUACAACUCCUUUCUCUACUUACCUGUGAAAUGGGAAAAAAGCAGAAAGAUCAAAUUAUCAUAGCUAUGAAUAGCACUUUGCUGUUGUGACAGUUUUACACUCUUAGGAGUGGUGGUAAGACUUGGAAAACAUUUCUAUUCAUAAGCUUUUAUUUCCAACUUUCCUUUGCACCUACAACCCUUUUUCAAAGUCUGCAGUUGGAAAAGAAUUGCUGAUAGCAGGCAUGAAGAGAACUUAGAAGGGAAUCCAGGCAAAAUAUGGAACCAAACUCUUUCAAUCCGGGUAGUUAUUGUAGAAAUUGGAGUGCUCAAAAUGUAAAGCAUAGGAAACCUGCCGUGUUUGCCUCUGCCUCCUCCUUCCCUUCUCCUCUCCCCCAAAAGUUUGGUUUGAGCAUGGCAUGGAAGGGGAGUCAGGCUUCUGAAAUCUAAUGUUGACUUGAACACUCAUCUCUAUGGCCACAGGUAAAUCACUUUAAAAUAUUCUUUCUCAUUUCAUCUUCCUUGUCUUCUCCUUCUCUCCCUUAAAUAGGGACAAUUCACAGUGUGGAGGGUGAUGUGUGAGUAUUAGUGCUGACAGAGUGCUUAAAAGCUCUUAAAUGCUAAUUUUUUAAAAAUUGUUUUCUACUCAGUAGUUUUUAAUUACUAGUACACCACAACACUGCAAGUUUGUUUUUUGCUGAAAUCUUGACAGUUCCUUUGAUUUAUAAAUACUAUUUUAAAUUUAGGCCUUUCAUUAUUAUUGGCCAUUUUGCUUGGUGUAAGAAAUGUAAAUGUAUAUUAGUUUUGUACAUAGAAGGAAGACUUUGAGAUACUGUUAGAACAAAAUAUAAUUUGCACUGAAAAGUGAACAAAAACACCAUAUGAACUGAAUUAAAAAAUCUGUAUUCAUUCCAUAAAAUGAUUUACAUAAAUGACAUUAAAACACCAAUAUUUAUCAAAGAUUUGGACCAAAAGAGUGACUCGGACUUCUUUGUGCCAAAUGGGCAUUGAUUUGUUCUUAUCAAGUCAUAAAAAAUAAAUAGUGUAGCUAUCUAACAUA